UUCAAAGCCACAGCAACAACGACGCGCUGCUUGCAAAAAACAAGCCAUUCAUUUUUAUUUGGGCCUCGAAAUUGUGAAAUAAAGCCAAAUGGAAUCUCCGGCGACCAACGAUUUGGCAGCGGGCUUGAGUGGCGAGAAACUGGAGGUCUUUCGGAAGCUGAAUCUGCUGGAACAGCAUCGCGUGGAGAGCUUCAAGAGUUGGCCCUUUCCAGAGACCGCUACGUGCAGCAUUUCAAAGAUGGCCGAGGCGGGAUUCUAUUGGACGGGCACCAAGCGGGAAAACGACACAGCCACUUGCUUUGUGUGCGGAAAAACCCUCGAUGGCUGGGAAUCGGAGGAUGAUCCGUGGAAGGAGCACCUCAAACAUGCCCCCCAGUGCGAGUUCGUAAAGCUGUCGUGUGCCGAAAAGGAUUUAACUGUAUCACAAUUCCUCGAAAUACUCGGAACCGUUGUCAAAGGCAGCAUAGAGAAAACCUGCAAAGCCUUCAAAUUGAGCUUCGUUCGGGAAAACGAGGAGCGCCUAAAUGAGUUUACGCAUAAUCAAAAAUAGAUCACUAAUUUUUAAAAUUUUAAAUAUAUAUUUAACCAUUUGUUUGUAAAGAUUUGCUAAUAAAACGGGAUGAUAAUGCCA